AGGUAACCAGUCAGGGUAGCUAGAACGCUCUGUGUGACCCGGUUUACCUCAUAUUUACUAGACUAUAUUUAUCCCUAUAUUCUGUCUGUAAUCACCGAACACCCAGGACUAUCACCUUAAUGUGGGAAACAUUAUGGAAGAUUGUGGGUAACGUUAUGGAAGUAGCACUCGGGACAGAUAAAAUUGUCCAAAUGGACACCUUCAACGAAACACCACGAAUGAACGAUCUGACAUAAGACAAUAAUGGGCCCAGAAGACAAUAGGAUGAGUGAGAGGGGCGAGUGGUACUUGAUAGGGAUCCUAGCCACUCUGGCAUUCCUAUGUUUUCUGAUCGUUAUUGUACUCUGUAUAGCAAUAUGUAAACGAUUGGGAGGACGACGCAGCGAUGAUUCGCGAUAUGGAGAUCGUAAUCGUCCUGGUUGUAACACCUGUUAUACUCCACAAAACCCGUAUCCACAUUAUUGGGAAUAUAGGGAAGAACCACGACCGUUCACGACACGUCAUCCUGUAUCCCAGCUUCUUCAAUAUAACAAUCCUGUUUUUAUCCCCGAGGAACCAAUUCGUGCGGUAGAGGUAAACAAUCCACAGUCUCGAGUCGCUCGAGAGGAGGAGAGACGGUCACACACUUCGAUUGAAGGGGAAGCCAUUGGAGGACACAGUCAAUCCUCAUGGAGGGAUAUACAAAAGACCACAGACAGAAGUAUCACCAAAAUGGUAGGGGAUAAGUUAGUAGUUUAUAUUACCAAGAGUAUUGGUCACAUUGGAGGCUUCCUCGUUCUGGAUAAUAUGGGCAUCUCGGUUGAAGUUCCUCAAGGAGCUGUUAAUGUGGGCGAAACGAAGGAUAUCACAUUGUUAUUAAACUGGGAUUUAGGUGAUAAUCCGGAAAUGCAGUCAAGCCAAGCCCUGGUGAGUCCCGUGGUGUUUGUAGGACCUCACGGGAUGAAACUCAACAAACCAUGCGUUCUGAGUUAUAUGCACUGUUCUUUUGAUUCUCGUCAUAUUCAAGUGAUGAAAAGUGAAACGGAUCUUUUCUCAGCAAAAAAAUGGGAAGUGAUGUGUAAACCAAAUGACGCAAACGGUUCAUGUGUACUGACAACCAGUACAUGUCAAUUAAACAUUAACACGUUCACGUUAUACACGUGUCUCCAAUGUCCACCAGCUGGUGAGUUAGGUAGGAAGUGGCUCCAGAUUGCUGUGUUCUCUGAAGGCAUUAAGCCAGGAAUAGAACACCAACAGGUCAGGGUGUAUUUCCUCAACAAGACUAACUGUGCUCUACAGUGGGCCAUCCACAACGAGGCACAGUAUGGCGGGAAACUUAUAUGUCCUGAAAAGCUCUUUUUGCUGUCCGGAACAGAGAAAGAUGUUUUCGUAGUUAUUACAUAUGUAUCCCGGGGAUGGACGUUGAUUGACAACUCUAGACAAGAUCGUAUCCCGUACCUUAACAUCUGGCAUGGACAAUGCCCUCACGUUAAUGUAGGUUUUCGGCGGGAAAAUCCGUCCAUGCACGAAUUCAACCUUAACUUAGAUGUAAAGCAAGAUGGUCGAGAAAAUGAAAGUGAACGUAUAAUCGCACAAAUUGUCCAACCGGAAGUGGCUCCACCGGAAGUGGCUCAACCGGACCAAGUGGCAAUCUCGACACCUGUUCCCAGAAAGAGAACGAUUCCUCAAUGUCUCAGAACGAGGCUUCAAGUUUUGCUUGAUGUCACAUGUCCAUUAGCACAAAAUUGGAAGGGGCUUGCGGAGAAAAUAGGCUACGAUGGAAUGAUUCCAUUUCUUGAGAGUAGGAUCGGUUCUAGUCCUACAGAGGUGCUGUUGCAGGCCAUGGAACAAAAAGCAUACACGCUUCAGGAACUACAGAGAAUCCUUGGUGAGAUGGGUCGGACAGAUGCCGUCAAUGCUAUUCACGAGUAUGUGGAGCCCUCGGAGGAACCCGAUACUAUGCUGCUCAAACCAUGUCGCGAGGCUGUCGAAAACGAAAAUGUGGGACAUGCCUCCAGCGAUCAACCUCUUAAUGAAUUCUAGUAUUUACCGUCAUAUCUUUGAGGAGGUGUUAGAAAACAUUAAACUCAGUCUGAAAACAUUUUGAUACAAUGUGAUGUAGUGUGCAAUAAGAAAUAUAAGGCUUGGACUGAUUAGAUUUUUCAUGUUUCAUGUUUUACUGCAAAUACCUUUAAAGUAUUAAAUAUCAAUAAAACCGCUUACAUAAACUACUCCAUGAUAAACCAACUCCAUUGAUUGGCCAACAAAGCAGCAGAACAAUCUUCCAAUAUUACUUAAAUUGUCAUAUACAAAAAACGUAGGUUCAAUUCAAAAGUAAAUAGAAUAGAUAUUUUUUCCAAGAAAAUCUGUUGUUAAAAACCAGAGAUGCGUAUUUUUUAAGAUGCCUAUUGAGGACAAUGUUCUGCAAAAUAUCACGAUUAAUAUUUAAUAUCACUACUAUGGAUAGCUAAACAGACAAAUAAUCAGAGGGCAACAUCGAUUAGAUAUCAAAUAUUAAAUCAAAUGAUACAAAAUAUAUGAUGUUCGAUAUGUUCACAAAACAUAUCAUACAGAAUGUUUGUAUUGAUUCACUGAAUGAAUGUUUACUUUGAUUGCUACACUUUCCCCCCACGUACAGGAAAAUACGAUUGGGGGAACACUGUUCGACAAUUUUAUACCAAACUGCUGUUUCGAUUACGCUAUCAAUUUUCACUAGAGACAUAAUAAGGAAGUCUGUCCUUAUAACUAAACCUACACAAUCCCUUAUUUUAUUGGUGGACUACUGUCUCUUAGAAAUUACUAUGCCGCUUUAUUAGCCAAUCAAAAGCGACAUUACAACUGGCGACGUUAUUUUAACGCGAUUGACUGAUACAGCUGUAUGGACAUUCCUCUGUAAAAUUGAUAAAAAAAAAUGACAGUCGUCUUCUGAUAAGUCUUUUUUGUCGGAAUGGUACAAUGGUACUGUGGGUAUUGCCAUGUAGGUGUUGCUUUUAUAUUGUGACAUUGGCAAAAGCUGUUUCAUUUUGAUUUCAUAUUUAGUAACAUUUGAAAGAUAUUCCUAUCCUUUUAGCUCCUACCCGUCCAUUAACGAUAGGGAUAGUUGGCAAAAAAUGUUAUUUAUCUGCUUGUUCAUUGAUCAUCAUUUGCUAGAUUGAUUUGAGGAUAUCUUUCAUAGUAAAUGGGCAUUCAUGGAAUAAACUACAUCAAAAUAGUAGCAUUCUUAUAAGUUACGUGGGCAUGUGAUGAAUUUGAACUGGUCGAGUGAAAGUUGUAUGGACUAGAGGAUGAGUGGAAUUAUGAAUGGGAAACGAACCUGCGCUCCUUUUCGGAUUCGUAUCAGUUGAACCGGUACUCGUCUACUGUAUUCGUAAUAGAACGCGCUGUAACAGUAGAACCAGUUCUCGUGGAUCGCUAUUUCAAACGUACCACUUGGAUCCAAGAUGGCGGAACUGUGGUUCUUCAUUUGUCAUGCAAAAGUGCUUUUUGUUAAAAACGGGGCCUCUACAUUUGUCUUAUUUGACGUAAGUAUUAAGGUAUUGACUGAACCGAGCGAGGGCCGCCAUCUUUGGAACUCGCUUGAUAUUCAAAUGCGAUCCAUUAUAUGAUACCGUGUCAACUUGGUACAACUGGUACGAACCCGAUAAAGAAACACACGGAAAGAGUUUAAUCACAGGUUAUUCCAAUUAAAUCUCUUACAGUUGUAAGAGAAUUAGUCAUUUCUAUUUCAGAUAUCAACCCAACUUCUUAUUUUUGCAAAGUAAUAUAAUCUAUAUAGCAACUACAUAAUCAUUAUCAUUAUAUUUCCCAUUGUUGAUAAUUCUGUAAUUAUGGUGUAAAUCUAACAUUUAAUAUCUGGUGGUUUUUUUAAUUGAAAAUAUUGAAGAGCUGGUCUCGACAAUAUUACAUGACUGCUAAAUGGUACGCACACAAAGCAUUAUUUAUGGAGUUAAUUUUCAAUAGUCAUGGUGUUACGAAAGAUACGUUUUAUUUUUAGAAUAAAAAAUGCCAAUGAAA